AUGAAUGCGAAGGAAUCUACACCUAAUAAGAAGCAGCAUGUAAUAUGUAUGGCUUCCGAUUUUUUCUAUCCGAAUACUGGCGGAGUGGAAGAACAUAUAUACAAUUUAUCUCAAUGUUUGAUCAAGUGUGGACAUAAAGUGAUCGUCAUCACUCAUUGUUACGGCAAGCGGAUUGGAGUCAGCUUGUUUGGUUUUGCAGAUACAUCAGCAGUUUUGACGAAUAAAUACUUGCAAAUGUGUCUGUGUGAAUGUGAUCAUUGUAUUUGCGUGUCACACACAGGAAAAGAAAAUACAGUAUUAAGGGCUAAAGUGAAAGCACACAAGGUAUCUGUAAUACCUAAUGCAGUAGAUGCCUAUAACUUCAUUCCAGACCCAAGUCAGAGGGAUCCAAAUGUUAUAACCAUAGUUAUUGUGUCUAGAUUAGUGUACAGAAAAGGUGUUGAUUUGAUGGCUGCUGUGAUAGCUGAUAUGUGUCCUCGGUAUCCAAAACUUAGGUUUAUUAUUGGAGGUGAUGGACCAAAGAUGUGGCUCUUGCAAGAAGUUAGAGAAAGAAAGGGCUUUCAGCACUGUGUUACCCUGUUAGGAAGUUUAAAACAUUCAGAAGUGAGAGAUACUUUAGUAAAGGGUGAUAUAUUUCUUAACACAUCCUUAACAGAGGCCUAUUGUAUGGCAAUAGUUGAGGCCGCAUCAUGCGGGUUAAAGGUAGUGUCAACAAAAGUUGGAGGUAUCCCAGAAGUACUGCCAGAAAGUAUGAUAUAUCUUACUGAACCUAAUGUUCUCAGUAUUGUGGAAGGUAUAGAAUUAGCUAUAGAUGACAUUCAAAAAGGAAAUAUACUGUGCCCAUAUGAAUGUAAUAGAAUGAUUAGGAAGAUGUAUAAUUGGAUGGAUGUAACGAGGAGGACUGAAAAAGUUUAUGAUAAAAUAUUAAAAAACAAAAACAAGCCAUUGGGUGAACAAUUGAAAAGUUACCUGAGCAGUGGUGUGUGGCCAUUUCUUUUAGUUAUAAGUUUAAUGUAUCUACUCUUACAAUUAGCAGAGAAGAUAUAUAAAAGAAAACAUAUUGAUAUUGCAAAAGAUUUGAAGUUAUAG